UCCUACUCCAAUUCUCUCUCUCUCUCUCUCUCUCUCUCUCUCUCUCUCUCUCUCUCUCUCCCCGCCCCCUCUGUUUGUGCGUUGAGAGCAAGACAAUCAAUGGCGGCGGCACCGUUACUGCAUGCAGCGGCCGACCUGCGACAGAAGACGUCGCUGUAUGUGGGUGAUUUGCAUCCGGAAGUCACAGAAAUGGACCUGAGAACUGUGUUUUGCUCCGUGUGUCCCUUUUUCACUCUUCGUCUCUGCCGUUGCGCUUUCACCGGCAAGUCUCUUUGUUACGGCUACGUCAACUUCUACUCUCACAUGCAAGCAUCUGAAGCUUUGCGCAAACUAAAUCACAUGUACUUGAAGGGAAAAUCCAUGAGGUUAAUGUGGUGUCAGAGGGACCCUUUUGCAAGAAAGAGCGGCAUUGGCAAUCUUUUUGUGAAGAAUCUAGACUCUUCAAUUGAUAGUGCUCGCUUGGAGAGCAUGUUCUGCAAGUUUGGGACUAUACUUUCUUGCAAGGUGGCUGAAGAACAUGGCAAGAGUAAGGGUUUUGGGUUUGUCCAGUUUGAUUCAGAGUAUUCUGCCCUGGCUGCUCGAAGUGCUCUCCAUGAUACUAUGCUUGAAGGGAAGAAACUGUAUGUAUCCAAAUUCAUCAAGAAAAGUGAGAGGACAGCACCCACACUUUCUGAAGAAUCAAACUUUACAAAUCUUUAUGUUAAAAAUCUGGCUGAUAACAUAACAGAGGAUACCCUUCAAAACAUGUUUGCUGUAUUUGGGAAGGUUUGUAAUGUUGUCAUCAUGAAGGAUCAUGAAGGGACGUCAAGAGGUUUUGGAUUUGUCAACUUUGAUUCACCAGAAGGUGCUAAAAAAGCUGUUGAUGCUUUGAAUGGUUCCCUACUAGGUUCUAGGACUUUGUUUGUGGGAAGAGCCCAAAAGAAAGCUGAGAGAAUAAAGAUAUUACAACAUGCAGACAAGGAUAUUUUCAACAACCAUAUUGAGAAGUUGAAGUUAUCAAAUGUGUAUGUGAAGAAUCUUGAUGUACGCAUUGAUGACAACAAAUUACGAGAAAUAUUCAGUGCCUGUGGAAAGAUAGUUUCAGCAAAAGUGAUGCGGUAUGAUAAUGGAGUAAGUAGAAAAUUUGGAUUUGUGUGUUUCUCAAGUCCUGAAGAAGCAAAGAAAGCUCUGAACACUCUGAAUGGAAUCAUGUUUGGGAGGAAGUCUCUCUAUGUGGCAAUAGCCCGGUGUAGAAGAGAUCGCCACCCGGAACAGGGGAAGUAUUUUGCUGCACGCCAGUCUCAGUCAUUGUAUCCUUCUAACUGCAAUGUUAUUGCACCUCCAAUUGGCCCACCAUAUUACAAUUUGCCUACUUUCCAUCCACCAAUCUCUUUCCGACAGCAUCCUAUCUCAUACCAGAAUUUUGGUGCAAAUAUGGGUGUCCAGUGUCCACUAGGAGUGGAGAAUUACCAGCAACAGUUUUACUCAUAUUUUCCUUUGGGACAAACACACCAACAACUCAGAACCCCUCUGCCCAGUUCUGACAACCGCAUUCUGUAAAUCAUGCUAUCUCAAAUCUUUGUGAUCAAAAUCUGAACUAUGGAUAUUCUGGGAUUCAAAAAUUUUGGCUCUACCAAAAGGCGGAACAAGAAAGGUGGAGCUACUCGAGCUACUAGAGUUGGUGGCUUUUCCAGUUUCUAACAUUCUCAAUGCUAAAUGUAUUUCUUUUCUUUUAAAAAAAAGAAAUGUUCUCUAGUUGCUCGGUAAAUCUUUACUAGGAAAGACCACCAUCAGUUUUGUCAUAUAGAACAUGGGAUUUUAUGACAAUGCCUUUUGCCCUCCUACUUCUAACAUAUGUUUGGCUUGGCUGUGAUGCGGAGAAAUAACAAAUGGGAGAAAAUUUUAUGUGCGCUUGA